AUGGCUUCUUGGUCUUCUUCCUCCUCGCGAAUGCUUCCUCGCGUCCUCGUCUUGUCCUUCGUCCUCCUCUCCCUCGCCACGGCGCCAUGCGCCGCUAGGAGAGUCACUGUGUCUGUCUACUACGAGACGUUGUGCCCGUUCUGCUCAGGCUUCGUCGUCAACGACCUCUCCAGGCUCUUCCGCGACGGUCUCUCCUCCGUUGUUGACCUCCGCCUCGUGCCGUUCGGCAAUGGCCGCGUCUCUCCCGACGGUUCCAUAGCCUGCCAGCAUGGAGAGGAAGAAUGCCAACUCAACGAGAUAGAGGCUUGCGUGAUCAGACUAUGGCCUGACGCGGGACAGCAUUUCCCUUUCAUUAAUUGCAUUGAGCAUUUCGCUUUGACUCAAAAAUGGAACGCGUGGCAGUCUUGCUUUCAAGAAACUGGUCUGGCCUCUCAACCUGUUCUAGACUGCUAUAACUCAGGCUAUGGCAGACAGCUUCAACUCCAGUAUGCUGCAGAGACGAAUGCCCUUCAGCCUCCUCAUCAGUUUGUACCUUGGGUGAUCAUAAACGGAAGGCCCCUUGGUGAUGACUACACGAAUGUUGAAGCCUACAUCUGCAGAGCCUAUGACGGAGAACUUCCUGAGGCGUGCAAGGGAAGACACCUCACAAUUGCUCAACAGACGAGAGCAAGCAGAGGAGGCAAGAGGAAUCCACAUGAGUUGGCCGUUCUACUUGGCUUCUGCAUCGCAGUGUGGUUCUGACCUCUGAAGACCUUUCAGGAACAGACGAAGCUAACCAAUCUUUAAAAAGAAGAAGAUGAAACUAACCCAGUAGACUAAAAACUGAAGCACUAAUAUACACAAAAUAGCCAUUGCAUAACCCAUAAAGUUACAAAAUUUCCCCAUUUUCUUGCUUUUAGGCAAAAUGUAUCCUGUCUUUUGUCCAACAGCGAGUUUAGUAUCAUUGACCGUCUCAGAUCAGGAGAGCCACGCUCAAGCCUGAUUGUUACAUUAGGCCUGUUGUCAUACAAAGCAAGUGUAAUUAAAACUGCUUUCUGCCUUCCUGGAUGUUUCUGUUCCUUCAACAGAUUCAGUAAAUAACCUUCUCGGCUCCCCUGAUUCUCACUAAUCACAUGGGUGGCACGUUUGUGUCUGUAAAGCAUAGUAAGAGUAUUUUUAAAGUAGA